GGGCGGGGGAGGGGCGGGGAGGGGGCGCGGGGCCGCGGCGGCGGAGCUCGCAUCCUCCGCGGGCGGCAGUGCUGGAGGCUGUGGCGGCGGACCGAUCGACCGACGGCUGGGGCGCGCGGACAGACAGCCGGCAGCCCGGGGCUGGUCGCGGGCCCGGAGCCCACGACGGUGGACGAUGCACGGCCCCAGGCCCCGCGCGGGCGGGCGCUGCCCGGGAGGCUGCCCGUGGCUGGACGGCUCCCGGGACCGGACGAGGGAGCCUGCGCCCCGUGGAGGUCAGAGAGGCUGAGCUGGGGCCUGAUCCCAAGUUGGACCUGAUCCAAAGUCUGACAUCAGGCUGGGCACAGACCCUGGCCUGGAGCUAGAGCCCAAACCACGAGUGGACUGCCCCUGUCAUGCAGAAGGAGCCAGGCGUUGCGUCUUCCUGUGCUGCUGGCAUGCUGAGCCCCCGGCCCCUCCCUGUGCUGCCACUGCUGCUGCUGCUGCUGGGGGUCGGGAUGCCAGGUGCAUGGGGCAAGGCUGGGAGUCUGGACCUGCAGAUAGAUGAGGAGCAGCCAGCAGGCACCGUAAUCGGGGACAUCAGUGCUGGGCUUCCGGCAGGCACAUUACCACCUCCCAUGUACUUCAUCUCUGCCCAGGAGGGCAGCGGUGUGGGCACAGACCUGGCCAUCGACGAGCACAGUGGGGUGGUCCGGACGGCCCGUGUCCUGGAUCGAGAGCGGCGGGACCACUACCGCUUCACUGCAGUCACUCCUGACGGCACCACUGUGGAAGUGACUGUGCGAGUAGUUGACAUCAACGACCAUGUUCCUGCCUUCCCAAAGGCUCAGGCUACCCUGCAGAUACCUGAGCACACAGCUCUGGGGACCCGCUAUCCACUGGAGCCUGCUCAGGACGCAGACGCCGGCCGCCUAGGAACCCAGGGCUAUGCACUGUCUGGUGAUGGGGCUGGGGAGACCUUCCGGCUAGAGACGCGUCCUGGUCCGGAUGGGACCCCAGUGCCUGAGUUAGUAGUGGCUGGGGAGCUGGACCGAGAGAACCGCUCACACUACAUGUUGCAACUAGAGGCCUAUGAUGGUGGUUCGCCCCCCAGGCGGGCCCAGGCCCUACUGGAUGUGAGCCUGCUGGAUAUCAAUGACCAUGCCCCCACUUUCAAUCAGAGCCGCUAUCACGCUGUAGUGUCUGAAAGCCUUCCUCCUGGGAGUCCUGUCGUGCAGCUGUAUGCAUCUGAUGCCGAUGCUGGUGCCAAUGGGGCUGUGACAUAUGAGAUCAACCGGAGGCAGAGUGAGGGUGAUGGACCUUUUUCCAUCGACGCCCACACCGGGCUGCUGCGGCUAGAGCGGCCCCUGGACUUCGAGCAACGACGGGUUCAUGAGCUGGUUGUGCAGGCCCGUGAUAGCGGGGCUCACCCUGAGCUGGGCUCGGCCUUUGUAACUGUGCACGUUCGAGAUGCCAAUGACAACCAGCCCUCUAUGACUGUCAUCUUCCUGAGUGCUGAUGGCUCCCCUCGAGUGUCCGAGGCUGCCCCACCUGGCCAGCUAGUGGCUCGCAUCUCUGUGUCAGACCCAGAUGAUGGUGAUUUUGCCCAUGUCAAUGUCUCUCUGGAGGGUGGAGAGGGUCACUUUGCCCUGAGCACCCAAGACAGUGUCAUCUAUCUGGUGUGUGUGGCUCGGCGGCUGGAUCGGGAGGAGCGAGAUGCCUAUAACUUGCGGGUCACUGCCACAGACUCAGGCUCGCCCCCUCUGCGGGCAGAGGCUGCCUUUGUGCUGCAUGUCACUGAUGUCAAUGACAACGCACCUGCCUUUGAUCGCCAGCUUUACCGACCUGAGCCCUUGCCUGAGGUUGCACUGCCUGGCAGCUUUGUGGUCCGAGUGGUGGCCAGGGAUCCUGAUCAAGGCACUAAUGGUCAAGUCACCUACAGCCUGGCCCCUAGCGCCCACACUCGCUGGUUCUCCAUUGACCCCACCUCAGGCAUCAUCACCACAGCUGGCUCGCUGGACUACGAGGUAGAACCUCAGCCACAGCUGAUUGUGGUGGCCACGGAUGGGGGCGUGCCCCCUCUCACCUCCUCCACCACAGUUAGUGUGGCCCUGCAAGAUGUGAAUGAUAAUGAGCCCCAGUUCCAGAAGACUUUCUACAAUGCCUCACUACUGGAGAGCACUCUGCCUGGAACUUGCUUCCUCCAGGUGACAGCCACAGAUGAAGACAGUGGUCCAUUUGGCCUCCUGUCCUAUUCCUUGGGUGCCGGACUUGGGUCUUCAGGGUCUCCUCCAUUCCGUAUCGAUGCCCAAAGUGGUGACGUGUGCACAACCAGGACCUUGGACCAUGACCAGGGGCCCUCAAGUUUCGACUUCACAGUGACAGCUGUGGAUGGGGGAGGCCUCAAAUCCAUGGUAUAUGUGAAGGUGUUCGUGUCAGAUGAGAAUGACAACCCACCUUAUUUUUACCCACGGGAGUAUGCUGCCAGUCUCAGCGCCCAGAGUACACCAGGCACAGCAGUGCUGAGGGUUUGUGCUCAUGACCCUGACCAGGGGUCCCAUGGGCGACUCUCCUACCACAUCCUGGCUGGCAACAGCCCCCCACUAUUUGCCUUGGAUGAACACUCAGGGCUGUUGACAGUAGCCUGGCCCUUGGCCAGACGAGCCAAUUCUGUGGUGCAGCUGGAGAUCGGAGCACAGGAUGGAGGUGGCCUACAGGCAGAGCCCAGUGCCCGAGUCAACAUUAGCAUUGUGCCUGGAACCCCUACGCCCCCCAUAUUUGAACAACUGCAGUAUGUCUUUUCUGUACCAGAGGAUGUGGCACCAGGCACCAGUGUGGGAACAGUGCAGGCACACAACCCACCAGGUCGCUUGGGGCCUGUGACUCUUGCUCUAUCAGGUGGGGAUCCCCGAGGUCUCUUCUCGAUAGAUGGGGCCUCAGGGCUGUUACAGACACUUCGCCCUCUGGACCGAGAGCUCUUGGGACCAGUGCUGGAGCUGGAGGUGCGGGCUGGCAGUGGGGUACCCCCAGCUUUCACUGUAGCUCGGGUGCGUGUGCUGCUGGAUGAUGUCAACGACAAUUCCCCUGCCUUCCCUGCUCCUGAAGACACUGUGUUACUGCCACCAAGCACGGCCCCGGGGACCCUCAUCUAUACACUUCGGGCUCUGGAUGCUGACUCAGGCAUUAACAGUCGAGUCACCUUCACACUGCUUUCUGGAGGUGAUGGAGCCUUCACCGUUGACCCUUCAGCAGGCUUCAUAAGGCUUAUAGGACCUCUGAGUCCCCCAGGGGAAUCAGCCUAUGAGCUGGAGCUGCAAGCCCAGGAUGGGGGCUCUCCACCCCGCACCAGCAACUUCCGAUUGCGGGUAGUCGUACAGGACUUGGGGGCCCCAGGACUGGCUCCCCACUUCAGCAGCCCUAUCUACCGUGUGGACCUACCCUCAGGCACCAUCCCUGGAACUCAGGUCCUGCAAGUGCAGGCUCGAGCACCUGACGGGGGACCUGUCACGUAUCACCUCGCAGCAGAUGGGUCAAGUAGCCCCUUUGGCCUAGAGCCACAGAGUGGGUGGCUGUGGGUACGGGCGGCACUGGAACAGGAACUGUACACGCUGAAGGUAAUGGCAGUGUCUAGCUCCAAGGCUGAACUAGGACAGCAGACAGGCACAGCCACCGUGAGGGUAAGCAUCCUCAGCCAGAAUGAACACAGCCCCCGACUGUCUGAGGAGCCCACCUUCCUAGCUGUGGCUGAGAACCAGCCCCCAGGGACCAGUGUGGGCCGGGUCUUUGCUACUGACCGAGACUCAGGAUCCAAUGGGCGUCUGACCUACAGCCUGCGGCAGCUGUCAAAAGACAUCAAGGCCUUCCACAUCCAUCCCCAGACUGGAGAGGUGACCACACUCCAGAGCCUGGACCGCGAGCGGCAGAGCAGCUACCAGCUGCUAGUGCUGGUGCAGGACGGGGGGAGCCCACCCCGAAGCGCCACAGGCACAGUGCACAUCGCUGUGCUCGACCUCAACGAUCACAGCCCCACCUUCCUGCAGGUUUCAGGAGCUGCCAGUGGCGGCCUAACCAUACAGGUGCCUGAUCGUGCGCCUCCAGGAACACUGGUGACGACUCUGCAGGCGAAAGACCCAGAUGAGGGGGAGAACGGGACCGUACUGUACACUCUGACCGGCCCCGGCGCGGAGCUCUUCUCUCUGCACCCUCACUCGGGGGAGCUGCUCACGGCCGCGCCCCUGAUCCGAGCAGAGCGCCCCCACUAUUCUCUGAGCCUGAGCGCUCACGACCAAGGCACCCCCCCUCGGAGCUCCAGCCUUCAGCUGCUGGUGCAGGUGCUCCCUGCAGCCCGCUCUGCGGAAACGCCGCCGCCGGGGCCUUCAGAGGCGGACGGUGACGCCGCCGCCGCCGCCACGGUGCCGCCCGUGGUGCUGACGGUGACGGCGGCGGAAGGGCUGCAGCCCGGCUCGCUGCUGGGCUCGGUGGCGCUGCCAGAACCGGCGGCGGCGGCGGCGGCGGCGGACCCACUCACCUACACGCUGGUGGGCGGCGUCGACCCCGAAGGCACCUUCGCGCUGGACUCGGCCUCGGGGCGCCUGUACCUGGCGCGGCCGCUGGACUUCGAGGCGGGCCCGGUGUGGCGCGCGCUCACGGUGCGCGCGGAGGGUCCGGGCGGCGCGGGCGCGCGGCUGCUGCGCGUGCAGGUGCGCGUGCAGGACGAGAACGAGCACGCGCCGGCCUUCGCGCGAGACCCGCUGGCAUUGGCCCUGCCCGAGAACCCCGAGCCGGGCGCCGCGCUCUACACGUUCCGCGCGUCAGACGCCGACGGCCCGGGUCCCAACAGCGACGUGCGCUACCGCCUGCUGCGUCAGGAGCCGCCGGCGCCUGCGCUCCGCCUGGACGCGCGCACGGGGGCGCUGAGCGCACCCGGGGGGCUGGACCGCGAGACCACGCCCGCGCUCUUGCUGCUCGUGGAGGCCGCCGACCGGCCCACCAAUGCCAGUCGGCGGCGCGCGGCCCGCGUCUCGGCGCGCGUCUUCGUCACCGACGAGAACGACAACGCGCCGGUCUUCGCGUCACCCUCGCGCGUGCGCCUCCCUGAGGACCAGCCGCCCGGGCGCGCGGCGCUGCACGUGGUCGCGCGAGACCCCGACGUGGGCGAGGCUGCGCGCGUGAGCUACCGCCUGGCGGCGGGCGGGGACGGCCACUUUCGGCUGCACGCCAGCUCCGGAGCGCUGUCCGUGGUGCGGCCCCUGGACCGCGAGCAGCGAGCCGAGCACCUGCUGACCGUGGUGGCCUCGGACCACGGGUCCCCGCCGCGCUCGGCCACCCAGCUCCUGACGGUCAGCGUGGCGGAUGUCAACGACGAGGCGCCCGCCUUCCAGCAGCAAGAGUACAGCGUCCUCCUGCGAGAGAACAGCCCGCCCGGCACGUCUCUGCUCACGCUUCAGGCCACCGAUGCCGACCUGGGGGCCAGCGGGCAAGUAACUUACGGGGGCGUCACUGGUGAAAGCUUCUCUCUGGACCCAGACACCGGAGUUCUCACAACCCUUCAGGCCCUGGAUCGGGAAGAGCAGGAAGAGAUCAACCUGACAGUGUAUGCCCGAGAUAGGGGCUCACCCCCACUCUUAACCCAUGUCACAGUGCGAGUGGCUGUAGAGGAUGAGAAUGAUCACGCCCCAACUUUUGGGAGUACCCACCUCUCCUUGGAGGUUCCUGAGGGCCAAGACCCCCAGAUGCUUACUACACUUCGAGCCUCUGACCCAGAUGUAGGAGCCAAUGGGCAGCUACAGUACCGAAUCCUGGAUGGGGACCCGUCAGGAGCAUUUGUUCUGGAUCUAGUUUCUGGGGAAUUUGGCACCAUGAGGCCACUAGACCGAGAGGUGGAGCCAGCAUUCCAGCUGCAAAUAGAGGCCCGAGAUGGAGGUCAGCCAGCUCUCAGUGCCACUCUGCUUGUGACGGUGGCAGUCCUGGAUGCCAAUGACCAUGCCCCAGCCUUUCCUGUGCCUGCCUACUCUGUGGAAGUGCCUGAGGACGUGCCUGCAGGGACACUGCUGCUACAGCUCCAAGCUCAUGACCCCGAUGCUGGGGCCAACGGCCGUGUGACCUACUACCUGGGUGCAGGUGCAGGAGGAGCCUUCCUGCUGGAGCCCAGCUCUGGCGAGUUGCGCACAGCCACUGUCCUAGACAGAGAGCAGUGUCCCAGCUAUGCCUUUCCUGUGAGUGCAGUGGACGGGGCGGCUGCCGGGCCUCUGAGCUCCACAGUGCCUGUCACCAUCACAGUGCGUGAUGUCAAUGACAACGCUCCCAUCUUCCCCACCAGUCCCCUGCGACUGCGCCUGCCCCGCACAGUUCCUAGUUUUAGCAGGCCAAUCCUGCCUCUGGCCACUCUGCGAGCCGAAGACCGUGAUGCUGGUGCCAACGCCUCCAUCCUGUACCGUCUGGCAGGCACACCCCCCCCUGGCACCACUGUGGACUCUUACACAGGAGAAAUCCGUAUGACCCGCUCCCCUGUAGCUCUAGCCCCCCAGGAUCGUAUCCUCUUCAUCGUGGCCACAGACCUCGGCCGUCCAGCUCGCUCUUCCACCGGUGUGAUAAUUGUUGGGCUGCAGGGAGAAGCAGAGCGUGGACCUCGCUUUCCCCGGACUAGUAGUGAAACUGUGCUUCGUGAGAAUGCACCCCCAGGAACUCCUGUUGUCUCCCCUAAGGCUGUCCAUGCCGGGGGCUCAAAUGGACCAAUCACUUACAGCAUCCUCAGUGGGAACGAGAAAGGGACAUUCUCCAUCCAGCCUAGUACAGGUGCCAUCACAGUUCACUCGGCAGAGGGGCUGGACUUUGAAGCAGGCCCCCGACUGAGGCUGGUGCUGCAGGCUGAGAGUGCAGGAGCCUUCGCCUUCUCUGUGCUGACCCUAACCCUGCAAGAUGCCAACGACAAUGUGCCUCGCUUCCUGCAGCCCCACUAUGUUGCUUUCCUGCCUGAGUCCAGGCCCUUGGAGGGGCCUCUGCUGCAGGUGGAAGCCGACGACCUGGAUCAGGGCCCCAGUGGGCAUAUCUCCUAUAGUCUAACUGCAUCCCAACCAGCAAGGGGACUGUUCCAUGUAGACCCAUCCACAGGCAUGAUCACCACCACAGCCAUCCUGGACCGAGAGAUCUGGGCUGAAACACGGCUGGUCCUGAUGGCCACAGAUAGAGGAAACCCAGCCCUGAUAGGCUCGGCAACCCUGAUGGUGAUGGUCAUCGACACCAAUGACAAUCGCCCCACCAUCCCCCAGCCCUGGGAGCUCCGAGUGACCGAAGAUGCACUCUUGGGCUCAGAAAUUGCACAGGUGACAGGCAAUGAUGUAGACUCAGGACCAGUGCUGUGGUAUGUGCUGAACCCCUCUGGUCCCCAGGACCCCUUCAGUAUAGGCCGCUAUGGAGGCCGCCUCUCCCUCACUGGCCCUCUGGACUUUGAGCAGCAUGACCGCUAUGAGUUGCAGCUGCUGGCACAUGACGGGCCUCAUCAAGGGCAUGCCAACCUCACAGUGCUGGUGGAGGACGUCAAUGACAAUGCACCCAUCUUCUCACAGAGCCUCUACCAGGUGACGCUGCUGGAGCAUACACCCCCAGGCAGUGCCAUUCUCUCUGUCUCUGCCACUGACCGGGACUCAGGUGCCAACGGCCACAUCUCCUACCACCUGGCUUCCCCUGUUGAAGGAUUCAGUGUUGACCCCAACAAUGGAACCUUGUUCACGACAAUGGACGCUGAGGCCUUAAGCCAGGAGGGGCCAGGAGUGGUGGAUGUGGUGCUGGAAGCUCGAGAUCAGGGGAUACCGGGCCGGGCAGCACGGGCCACUGUGCACGUGCAGCUGCAGGACCAGAACGACCAUGCCCCGAGCUUCACCUUGCCACACUACCGUGUGUCCGUGGCUGAGGACUUGCCCCCUGGUUCUACUCUUCUCACCCUGGAAGCCACAGAUGCAGACGGGAGCCGCACUCACGCCACUGUGGACUACAGCAUCGUCAGUGGCAACCGAGGCCGAGUCUUCCACCUGGAACCCCGGCUGGCUGAAGCUGGGGAGGGUGAUGGGCUAGGCCCUCGGGCCCUGGGCUGCCUGGUACUGCUUGAACCUCUGGACUUUGAAAUCCUAACUCAGUACAACUUAACCGUGGCUGCAGCUGACCGGGGGCAGCCUCCUCGAAGCUCAGCCGUACCAGUCACAGUCACUGUGCUGGAUGUCAAUGACAACCCACCUGUCUUCACCCAAGCAGCCUACCAUGUGGUGAUACCUGAGGACACGCCUGUGGGAGCCGAGCUGCUGCACGUGGAGGCCUCUGACGCUGACCUGGACCCUCAUGGCCUCAUUCACUUCACACUUAGCUCAGGUGACCCUGCAGGACUCUUUGAGCUGAACGAGAGUUCAGGCGCCCUGCGGCUAGUCCGACCUUUGGACUGUGAGACCCAGGCUCGACAUCGGCUUGUAGUGCAGGCUGCCGACCCUGCAGGGGCACACUUUACUCUAGCCCCAGUGACAAUCGAAGUCCAGGAUGUGAAUGACCAUGGCCCAGCCUUCCCGCUAAGCUUGCUCAGCACCAGCCUGGCAGAGAACCAGCCUCCGGGCACUCUUGUGACCACGCUGCACGCAAUUGACAGGGAUGCUGGGGCUUUUGGGAGACUCCGCUACAGCCUGUUGGAGGCAGGACUGGGGCCUGACGGCCGGGAGGCAUUUGCACUCAACAGUUCAACAGGAGAGUUGCGGGCUCGAGUGUCCUUUGACUAUGAGCACACAGGAAGCUUCCAGCUACUGGUCGGUGCUGCUGAUGCUGGGAAUCUCUCAGCCUCCGUCACCGUGUCAGUGCUCGUGAUUGGUGAGGACGAGUAUGACCCAGUGUUCCUGGCUCCAGCUUUCCACUUCCAGGUGCCAGAAGGUGCCCGACGUGGCCAUAGUCUGGGUCAUGUGCAGGCCACAGAUGAGGAUAGUGGGGCUGACGGCCUGGUGCUCUACUCCCUUGCCACUUCUUCCCCCUAUUUUGGGAUCAACCAGACUACAGGUGCCAUAUACCUGCGGGUGGACAGCCAGGCACCAGGCAGUGGAACAGGCACCUCAGAAGGUGGGGGCCGGACCCGGCGUGAGGCACCACGGGAGCUGAAACUGGAGGUGGUGGCAAGGGGGCCUCUGCCUGGUUCCCGAAGUGCCACAGUGCCUGUGACUGUGGAUAUCACCCACACGGCGCUAGGCCUGGCACCUGACCUUAACCUGCUACUAGUGGGAGCUGUGGCAGCCUCCCUGGGAGUUGUGGUGGUGCUUGCACUGGCAGCCCUGGUCCUUGGGCUGGUGCGGGCUCGCAGCCGCAAGGCUGAAGCAGCACCUGGCCCAAUGUCACAGGCUGCACCCCUGGCCAGUGGAACCCUACAGAAGCUGGGCCGAGAGCCACCCAGCCCACCACCCUCUGAGCACCUGUAUCACCAGACUCUCCCCAGCUAUGGCGGGCCAGGAGCUGGAGGACCCUACCCCCGUGGUGGCUCCCUGGACCCUUCCCACUCAAGUGGCCGAGGCUCAGCAGAGGCUGCUGAGGACGAUGAGAUACGUAUGAUCAACGAAUUCCCCCGUGUGGCCAGCGUGGCCUCCUCUCUGACUGCCCGUGGUCCCGAUUCAGGCAUCCAGCAGGAUGCAGACGGACUGAGUGACACAUCCUGUGAGCCGCCUGCCCCUGACACCUGGUAUAAGGGCCGCAAGACGGGGCUGCUGCUGCCAGGUGCGGGAGCCACUCUGUACCGAGAAGAAGGCCCCCCAGCCACGGCCACAGCCUUCCUAGGGGGCUGUGGCCUGAGCCCCGCACCGGCUGGGGACUAUGGCUUCCCAGCAGAUGGCAAGCCGUGCGUGGCAGGUGCGUUGACAGCCAUUGUGGCAGGUGAGGAGGAGCUCCGAGGCAGCUAUAACUGGGACUACCUUCUGAGCUGGUGCCCUCAGUUCCAGCCACUGGCCAGCGUCUUCACAGAGAUCGCCCGGCUCAAAGAUGAAGCUCGGCCGUGCCCCCCGGCUCCCCGUAUCGACCCACCACCCCUCAUCACUGCCGUGGCCCACCCAGGAGCCAAGUCUGUGCCCCCUAAGCCAGCAAGCACAGCUAUCACCCGGGCCAUUUUCCCACCAGCUUCUCACCGCUCCCCCAUCAGCCAUGAAGGCUCCCUGUCCUCGGCUGCCAUGUCCCCCAGCUUCUCGCCCUCAUUGUCUCCUCUGGCCGCUCGAUCUCCUGUUGUCUCACCAUUCGGGGUGGCCCAAGGCCCCUCAGCCUCAGCACUCAGUGCAGAGUCCGGCCUAGAGCCACCUGAUGACACAGAGCUGCACAUCUAGCUGUGGCCCAGGCUGGGCCCCGACCUGGGAUGCUCUCAGCGUCCCCAACGCAGGUCCUGUCUGAGCCUGCACUGGGCAGCCUCGGACUACGACCGGCCAAACUCCUUCAGUGGGGGCAGGUCCCAUGUCUCACCCUGGCCCCUCAGAGCACCAGCACCGACUGCAGAGGUCCUAUUGGGCCCUGAGCUGUGGUUAGGUCCUAUGUGAGGAGAAGUAUGAAGAAGGUGGUAGCCUGGGUCCUCCCCAGAGCUUCUCACCCUGUGCCAGCACCCGGAGAUGAAGCGGAGACUUUAUUUAUUGGGGGUAGGAGGAUGGGGGAGGUCCCUCCCACCUGUUUGGGCCCAGCUCCUUUGGGUUCCUUUGACACUCCUGCCUCUGCCCAGAACCAAGUGCCAAUUCUCACUCUGGAGCCUUAAUAAACUGCAGUUUGUA